GUUAGCUCAUGCUUGCUGACCGUCAGUGACUAGCUAACUGGCCAGCUAGCUACUGUACAGAGGUCACCCAGACUUUGAUCACAAUGGGGGUGAAAGACCGCCCUCAGUGUUACUUUGAUGUGGAGCUCAACCGGGAGCCAGUUGGGCGCAUAGUCUUCCAACUUUUUUCGGAUGUUUGUCCCAAGACCAGCAAAAACUUUCUCUGUUUGUGCACUGGUGAAAAGGGAACUGGCAAAAUCACAGGGAAAAAGCUGUGCUACAAAGGCUCCACAUUUCACAGAGUUGUAAAGAACUUCAUGGUCCAGGGAGGCGACUUCACCGAAGGAAAUGGAAGAGGAGGAGAGUCCAUAUAUGGUGGCUACUUUGAAGAUGAGAACUUCACUCUCAAACACGACAGAGCCUUCCUGUUGUCGAUGGCCAAUCGCGGGAAGGACACCAACGGUUCACAGUUUUUCAUCACAACCAAGAUGGCGCCGCAUCUUGAUGGAGUCCACGUCGUCUUUGGCCUUGUCAUCUCUGGCUUCGAAGUGAUAAAGAAGAUCGAGGGGCUGAAGACAGAUUCAGCCAGUAGACCCUACGCUGAUGUGAGAGUGGUGGACUGUGGUCAGCUGAUCACCAAGUCUGCAAAUGAUGUUCUUCAAGGCAAGAGGAAAAGAACUUCCCAUUCUGCCGACUCAUCCCUCAACUCCCGUGACUCGUCCUCUCAGUUCUCGUCUUCAGUGGAAUCUGAAAGUGAACCUGACGAAAAGCACAAACACCGCAAGCACAAGAAACAUGCAAAGGGGAAACGGUCAAAGAAGAAAAGAAGGGAAUCAAAGAAGGAGAAGAACGUUGAUGUUCUGCCUCUCCAGCAAAGCUCUGUGGAAAGACAGAUGCUGGAGGGAGAGAAUGAAGUGGAAGGAGAGAAGGACCACGGUGGGAAGAGAGAGAAGCCCGUAGUCCGACCGGAGGAAAUCCCGCCGGUGCCAGAGAACCGCUUCCUGCUGCGCCGGGACAUGCCAUCUCAGGAGGAUAAAACAGAGAUAGUUGAGAAAGAAGAAUUGUCGGUUUCAGCUGACCAGAAACCAGCAGUGUCUAAGUCUGGACGCAAAAUCAAAGGCAGAGGAACAAUGAGAUAUCACACUCCCACAAGAUCUAAAUCACGUUCUGCAUCUGUGGAAGAACGGGGCAGCAGUGAAACUCCACCUCACUGGAAAGAAGAGAUGAAGAGAACCAAAGUUUAUCAACCGCCAAGCAUGGAGAGAUGGAGCAAAGGAGACAAAUUGAAUGACCAUUCCUCAAGCAGAUGGGAUGACAGAAGCGACUCCGCGUGGUCCCGAUCUGCAGAUCACUCUUCAGACCGCAGCUCCGAGAGGUCCAGCCCGCGCCGGCAGCAGAAGAAAGAGAAGAAGAAAGCCAAACACAAGAAGAAGGCCAAAAAACAGAAGCACAGCAAGAAGAAGAGCUCCAAAAACAAACCUCAAGAGAUUUACCUGUCGGAGGGUGAAAAGUCAGCGUCUUCAGGAAGAAAGUCCCGACGGUCCCGCUCUCCGUCUCGUUCCUCCUCAAGUCAGCGCCAUUCAUCGGCUCGGAGGAGGCGGUCCUCACUGUCUUUCAGAGACUCACGAUCCUACUCUAGAUCCUACACAUCAAGUCGAUCCAGAUCUCGAGGGAGGUUUUAUUCAAGGUCUCGAAGCCUGACCAGAUCUAGAAGCCGGUCCCUGUCCAGAUCUUCGUCCUAUUCUAGAUCCAGGUCAAGAUCAAGAUCCAGGUACAGAUCCAGGUCUGUGUCUCCAUCCAGAAAGAGGAGUUCAUCUAGAUCCCUAAGAAAGAGGAAAGCCAGCAAGACCAAACCAGUUACUGUGAUCCAUUUGACUGACAAGCUUCCUGAGAGCAAAGUCACACCUGUCCCCAGACUCCCUAAUGUCCCCGCUCCAGAAAAUGUCCCUGUGAUCCCACUGAGCGACAGUCCUCCUCCCUCGCGCUGGAAGCCCGGUCAAAAGCCCUGGAAGCCCUCCUACAUCCAUAUUCAGGAAAUUAAAGCUAAAGUAGCUCACACUGUUCUCUCCUCCACAGGACAAGCGGUCGACAGGGUUACGGAGAAAGCUCAGACUUCAGUUACGACAAAAUCUCUGCCUGGAGACUCCGAAAGCGACAAAGCAAACAAGCCUGCAGGGCGCUCGCGCAGCAGGUCCUCCAGGAGCAAGUCGUACAGCCGAUCAUACAGUCGCUCACGGAGUAGGAGUUACAGUAGGUCCAGGUCCAGAUCCCCUCAUCAGUAUCACAGCAGUUCAUCCUCCUACAGCAGGUCAGACUCCGAAAACUCCCAGAAAACAAGCAGCAACAAAAAGAACUCACUAGACAAAGAGUGGAAAGAGUAUUACACCUCUCUGAGGAGGAUAAAAAAUUUAGAUAAGUACAUUUCACUCGGCGGUAGUCAAGAUGCUCAUUCAGGAUCGGAGAACAAGACGGGCAUUGAGCGUAGUCCUGGUAUCAGUGUCUCAAGGAGAAGUGACUCUUCGGAGAAAAUAAAAGAGAAAGGCGGCUCACAAGAUCAAGAGACAAAACAUUUCAGCUCAGUGCCAGUGGAGAGCUUCAAUAGCAGGUCUGAGUGGGAUAGUGACAGCGAUAAAGUGAGCCAAAGCAACAGCAACGUCCCAUCAAAAAAGCAGAAACAAACAGCUCUCUCCAGCGAGUCUCAUGAUAAGAAGUUGUCGGCUCUCACUGGGUGGAAUUCAGAAAGCGAUUCUGAAAAUAUGACAGCGAGGACAUUAGCCAUAUCUGAAAAAGAGGAAGGGGAGGCCAGUUCAGAAUCAGACUGUGAGACUUCCAGAAAGGCGUCGGAGGCAGCGACCGAUUUAGCGCACAAGAUCACCGUUGCUGCUGCUGCUGCUGCUGCUGUGUCUAGUCCAUCAGAGAGAAAUCUGGAGAAAGCCACAGAGCCAGAGAAGCACAAGAGCAAGAAGAAAGCCAAACGCAAACACAAGCAUAAGAGGAGAAGUGAGAACAAAACUGGCUCCCAUCACAGUAAGGACAAACGUAAGAGAUCUAAGAGGAAACAUCAGAAGCUGAAAGAGACUUUUCACUGGCAACCACCUUUAGAGUUCGGAGACGAGGAAGAUGAAGAUGAAUCCAAAAAGGAGAAACACAGUCCCGGUAGAGUUGGCAAAGAAAGGCCUGGUGUCGGCAGUACGAAUGAUGUUGCGUCUUUGAACAAAUACCCUAGUAGAGAAGAAGAGAGGGGCCAACAGAGAGCAAGAGAAUGUAUUAAUAAAAACCCCAAACAAGCUGAAGCUCAUCAGUCAUCCAACAGGAAUGCUAAUAAUGCUAAUCUACCCAGCGUCAAAGAACAGGAGUCAUUGGAUGACAUGGACAUUUGUACGCCGGAGCAUGACGCUGAAAUUGAAGAGUCUUCAGUUACACAUGAUUCUUUUUCUAACACCUCUGAAUUAACCCUGAAAUCUACCUCAAAGUCUUCUGAUAUGGGAAGGAAAGAUAAUGAUUUACCUCACAGCAAAGGACAGCCUGCUGUUACCUCCACGACAACUGCUGGACUGGAAGAUGAAGCAGCCGGUGGCAAACCUACCGGCACUGUAAUUACUUUUAAAUGGAGGCCUUUGAAAGGAAUGUCGGCUACGCAAAAUGUGAACGUGCCACCCGUCGCUGCGAAAAACGUCCAAAUUCAAGAGAACCAGAACUCCAACACACAAGGAGUAAGAAUGGAGAUAAAAAGUAAAAGCCGGGUCAGACCGGGAUCCCUGUUUGACGAGGUACGCAAGACCGCACGGCUCAACCAAAGGCCGAGGAACCAGGAGAGCUCCAGUGAGGAAAAAUCCCCUUCUGUGGGAAAGACCAAGGGAACGUCUCGCACGCGGUCCCCGAAGAAGUCCAGGUCUGUGUCUAGGAAGUCUCGCUCCGUUUCCAGUCACCGGUCUCGCUCCAGAGGGUGGUCGCACUCCUACAGCAGGUCCAGGAGUAGAUCCCGCAGCUCCAGCUACUCAUCCAGGAGUCGGAGCAGGAGUCGGAGGAGACGUGGAAGAGGACGGUCACGCUCCCGCAGCAGUACAUACCGAAGUUACAGGAGUCACAGUCGGACCUACAGUAGAAGUCAUUCCAGAAGUCGCUCGUAUAAUCGCCGUCGGAGAUCCAGGUCAGACUCCUAUGACAGCUAUUCCAGCCGGAGUCGCAGUGUGAGCAGGAGACGAGGGCGCAGACGAAGUGACAGCUACAGGAGCUCAGACCGCCGAUCCCGGUCGUACCGCUCCUCCAGUCGCAGUUCUUCCCGGCGCAGGAGCCACAGUCGCAGCAGUCGGUACAGCUGAGCCUCAGGCAGCUUGUUGGGUUCAAAGUCUGGACACUGUGCACAAACGAUGGCAAUCACAGACCAGCAACUAAAGCUCCAAGAGGAAGAGUUACUAGUUUAAUAUAUACACUGUAGUGUAUAUCCUCCCUACAUAAGCUGAUAUGACGGUCUUUGAAGAAGUGAAUGUGAUUGAAUGUAAAUAAAUAAACCACUUUACAAGCUAAGGCUGCAGAUCUUUGUCUUUAGGGACUGUCACAGCUGAGAACAAAACAAAAAAAAAAAAAAGGCCAC